AAAUCUUAUGUGUAUUAUGUAGGAAAACAAUAUUGGCCUGAUGGGAGUUAUUACCAUGGUGAUUUCAACCUGGAUGUCCGGCAUGGUAAUGGUAAAAUAGUCUGGGCUAAUGGUGAGACAUAUGAAGGAUGUUUUUAUAAAGAUCGUCGUCAUGGUAAUGGGUUAUACACAUGGGCUGAUGGUUCAUAUUUCACAGGAACAUUUCAUAUUGAUAGAAAAGAAGGAUAUGGCAAAUUUACUUUUGCUAAUGGAAAUAUAUUUGAGGGUUUAUAUAAAGAGGAUGAAAGAGAAGGCCCUGGGGUCAUGACCUAUAAAGAUGGCCGACAGGAUGUGGGACUAUGGCAACAAGAAAAGUUAAUCAAAAUAUGUUCUGCUGUUGACGGAGCAUUUACGCUUAAAGAUCACCCAGAAUUUGACUUGAAUACAGACCAUGUGACUUAUCUGGAGAUAGAAGAACCCAAAAAUACAACCCAGAAUUCAGGAUUACUUGAAGACUUAGAAAAUAUAACACCAGACAAAAUCUCCCAUUUUUAUAACGAGACUCUGGAUCCAAGAAGUUAUGCCAUCAAUAAAGAAGAAUUCGAUGAAGUAUUUUUCAAAGAUUUUGAACCAAUUGUUCAAGACGAGAAGAUUAGGGUGAAGAACAGCACGCCAUCUUUGAUUGAGAUUCAGAAACAUGUAAUGAAACAUUCUGGCGGUGAGAAAUGUGUUGGGUUUGAUGUUGCUAAGAUAAUGAAUGGUGAUAGAAGUGAGUUUAAGGAACCAGGACCACUAGAAGAGGCCAGUGACCAGUUUUUAUUGGCUUGUAUAUCAGGACGUUUAACUGAGAUAGAAGAUCUACUACAGGCUGGUAAAGUACAUGUUGAUGCAGCUGAUGUUAAUGGUCAUACAGCCUUAAUUGGAGCUACUGUUGGAUGGCAUAUUGAUAUUAUCAACCUAUUGUUAAACCAUGGAGCUGAUAUUAACAAACUUAACGAUGAAGGUUGCUCCGCCCUGUCUGCUGGUGUUAUAUUUUAUUAUCCAAUCGAAAGCUUUCUAUAUAAUAUUGCAGAAAGAUAUCUAGUGAAACCACCUUUUGAUCUGGAACAAGAUAAGGACUCAAAAGGUUCUCUUUCAAAACGCAAAAAAACAGAGAGUUAUGAAAGACGCAUGAGUCACAUGACUAACUUUAGUGUAUUGAGUUCAACUGGGUCUGAACGGAGACCAGUCUCGCAGCGAAGUGAACCAGAGGAUGUGAUUGAAGGGAAAGAUAGACUAAUUUUACCUCCUAUUUCUAAAGGAGUGAGGAAUUUUUUGGGAGAUGGAGAUGGUUGUGAGAAGAUUGAUGAAUUUGAGUCAAAUAUCAGUGUCCAUAAUUACCAUAUAUCAGUGACCAGAAACCUGCUGGAGAAAUGUGCCACUACUCUGAGUACCAAUGAGAAGAUAGUGAGUAGAGAGAGAAGCAAGGAGAGUUGUAGUGAAGGCAAGGCUAGAUUAUUAGCUAUACAAAUAUCAUUGAGAGGAACAAUGAAACAGACUAUAGAUCUAUUGUUAAGAAGAGGAGCUAAUCCUAAUGCCUCUGGUGUACCAAUGCCUGUGAUAUUUUUCGCUAUCAAGGCUGCUGAUACAAGUAUGGUUAAAACAUUGUUGUCAAAGGGAGCCUCUACAGAUAGUAGACUACCAACAGAUAAAGGAGGUUUAGCUCCCUUACAUAUAGCAUGUGCUAUACCAGGGGAAGAAGGUGUUGAGAUAACAGAAAUGCUGUUAGAGGCAUUAGCUGAUCCUGAUGUACGGGCCGAGCAAGAUGAUUCUUUUCUGAAAAAAGAUUUUGAAGAAGAAUGGUCAAAGGAUGAGAUAUCUGAGUCAAGUAAAAGUAUAUUAGGAGGGAGAACUCCUCUACAGAUAGCAUGUGCUCGAGAUGACAAUUAUAAGCAUGCAUGUAAAGUGGUAAAGUUACUAUUAGACCAUAAAGCUAAUCCUAAUUUACUGUGUAAUGGUUUUUCACCUUUAGCUCUGGCUAUAGCAAGUGGUAAUGAUAUGGCUAUAGAUGAAUUACUGACCUACGGAGCUGACCCUAGUUUACCAUUAACUCAUGGUGUAGGUAGCGCCCUCUGUGUUGCCACAUCUACAGAAUACGAAGAUCGUCGACCAAUACAAUCUAGAAUACAGCUGAUUGAUAAGUUAGUAAAAUGUGGAGGGAAUAUUUUAUCACCGAUAUUAAUAGGACCAAAACGAUUGACUGGUACAGCUGUAGACUAUUCUUAUUAUAUGUUUAACCAGGAUAGAAGAAUUGCACACAUGCCCUAUCACGCCCUGACGCAUGCUGAACGCGAGACAUACAACGCACGACGUAAAUUAUUAGGUCACAUUGGAGACAUAAUGCGUGUUAAAGCCACAGAGAGAGAAAAACAAAGAAUGGAAGAUGAGUUGAGAGAAGGUUUGAAAAGUGCCCCACUUCCUCCAGGGUCACGGGGCAAAGGUAAAGGAGGUCAAGUGUCAUUUGACCCACCAGUGGCUACAGAGACAACCACUCCGUUAUUAAAAUAUUGUUAUGAAUGUGGUAGAUCUGUUGGUGUAAGAUUGUCACCAUGUACUAGGUGUAAAGAAGUCUACUACUGUAGUAAGGCCUGUAAAAUCAAGGCCUGGAAUUCAAGACAUAAAGAUGAAUGUAUUAGAAUUGGAAGUAAGUCGGCCUGA